UUGUAUAAUAAGCCGCGUGUGCUCUGUAUGGUUACGACUCAUCCCAAAAACCGUAACCGAGCUAAUGCUGUGAGAGACACAUGGGGUAAGAGGUGUGAUGUACUCUACUUUGUCAGCUCUGAAUCGGAUCCAAGUUAUCCAAUAAUUGAGAUGAGGUGUGAAAGCGAAGAUCAUAAUCAUUUGUGGUGCAAAAAUCGUAACGGUAUUAUAUAUGGAGUGAACACCUAUUUUGAUCAGUUUGAUUGGUUUUAUAAGGCCGAUGACGACACCUAUGCUAUUAUGGAAAAUCUUAGAUAUAUGGUGUCCGGCUAUGACCACAACAACCCACUUAUCUUUUGCUUACCAUUUGUUUACGAAGGCAUUCAAUAUCCAAGUGGUGGUCCUGGGUAUGUAUUUAGCAAAGAGGCCAUCAAACGGUUGGUUGAUAAGUUGACCGAUCAAAACACUGACCGAAAGCACUGUCACACACAGGCACAGGCAGGUGCUGAUGACCUUGAAAUCGGACGUUGUUUAGAGGGUUUGGGUGUCGAGUUUGUCGAUACACGGGAUGUGUUAGCCAGGGGUCGGUUUAUACCAUUUCAACCGGUUCAUUUUAUUAAUCCCAAUAUUGAUAUAUAUAAGGACGCAGCGUGGCUACAAAAUUAUAGUAUUUAUAAAUUACAACAGGGUCAUCAAUGUUGCAGUGAUACAGUUGUAUCGUUUCAUUAUAUUAAUGCGGCUGAUCAAUAUUAUUCAGGUUCAGCACCGGGUGGCAUACCUGGUGGCAUACCCGGUGGCAUUGACGGAGGCAUUGUUGGUGGCGGUGGAGUUGGUAGUGUUGGAGGUGGCGUUGGAGGUGGUGUUGGCGGUGAUUCUGGUUCUGGUCUCCAAUUGUUAGGAAAUUCUGGGUUAGGAAACAAAGGCGAUACAGGUUUUGGGUACGGUAUGAACGGUGGCUCAUGA